GUCGGUGACAGAUUCAAAUAUGGCAGCCUCCGUAGCGCUACACGCCGAACCAUUCACGCAUGUUAUUUCCACCCCAAAUGUAUUUUGUUGAUAUUUAAUUACAUUUAUAUUAUAGCUCAUGUCGGCCUCGCUGGUUGCAGCCUCCGUCCGCUUGAUCAGACUGCGGUUCCCACUGCAAAGGACGCUAUCCACCAUCCAACCCGGCAAUGGCUCACCUUCUUCCCCGCCGACCGAGCCGAGACCCUGGAAGGACCCGGGCGACCGCUCCGUGCUCCUUUUCCCCGGCCAAGGCAGUCAGUUUGUGGGCAUGGGUCGAGGGCUUUUGCGAUACCCCAACGUCGGAAACAUGUUCGAGGUGGCCCGGAAGAUCCUUGGCUACGACCUGUUGUCAUUGUGCCUAAACGGCCCCGAGGAGGAACUCACAAAGACUGUGCACUGCCAGCCGGCGGUGUUCGUCAUCUCCCUGGCUGCCGUGGAGAAGCUCAACCAUCAAAAUCCCAAAGCCAUUGAGACCUGCGUCGCCGCCGCCGGCUUCAGCGUGGGCGAGUUUGCCGCACUCGUCUUCUCUGGCGCCCUGAGCUUCGCUGAAGCUCUGUACGCGGUGAAAGUGCGCGCCGAGGCCAUGCAGCGGGCGUCGGAGCUGGCACCCAGUGGGAUGCUGUCGGUGGCGGGCAAGGCUCAGGCGCAAUACAAGCACGCCUGCCUGCUGGCCAAGGAGCACUGCCGCGAGUUGGGCCUGGAGGAUCCCGUGUGCGCCGUGGCCACCUUCCUCUUCCCUGAUGGCAGGGUGAUCGCCGGACACCGCCAGGCGCUUGACUUCUUGCAGCAAAACGCCAAGCGGUUCCACUUCCUCAGGACCAAAAUGCUCCCCGUCAGCGGCGCCUUCCACACGGAGCUCAUGAGCGCCGCAAUCGAGCCCCUCCGAGAUGUUCUGCGACAGAUUGAGGUACGCCGUCCCGAGAUCAACGUCUACUCCAAUGUGGAUGGCAAGCGCUACAUGAGCGAGGACCACGUGCGGCGCCAGCUGACGCGGCAGCUGACGGCGCCCGUCAAGUGGGAGCAGACACUGCACGAAAUAUUCGAGCGGGCGCGCGGCGAACGCUUCCCGUGUGUCUACGAGGUCGGGCCCGGCCGGCAGCUGGGCGCCACGCUCCAGCGAUGCAACCGCAAGGCCUUCGAGGGAUACACGCACGUCGACCCAGCCGACGAUGACGAACACUGACGCAAAAGGUGGGAAUUAAAAAAAACAAAGAUAGACCAUUUGAUAUCUUCCAAACUAAAGUGACUUUUACAAACAACAA